AAAGCCUGUGACAGCAUGAACAAUGCCUGCUCCUCCAGUCCUUGCCAAGGAGUGGCCACUUGUGUGAACACCCCAGGAGAAAGGGGCUUUCAGUGCCACUAUCCUCCUGGGUAUAGUGGUAUCACUUGUGAAAGUGCCAUCGGCUCCUGCGGCGCGGACUCGUGCCAACAUGGCGGUGCUUGUCAUCAUGGUCCUGUUCAGCCGGUCUGCAUAUGCCCUGCUGGAUAUGGUGGAAGAUUCUGUGAGAUAGAUCACAACGAGUGUGCAUCCAGUCCUUGCCACAACGGGGCAGUGUGUCAGGAUGGAGUCAAUGGCUAUUUCUGCUUCUGUGUCCCAGGAUAUCAAGGGAGGCACUGUGACUUGGAAGUAGAUGAGUGUGUUUCGGACCCCUGCAGGAAUGAGGCUACGUGCCUCAAUGACAUAGGCAGGUACACUUGUAUCUGUCCGCAGAAUUAUUCUGGUGUCAAUUGUGAAUUACUAAUUGAUCAAUGUUGGUCCCAGCCCUGUCUAAAUGGCGCAACUUGUCGGGAUGCCCUGGGGGCUUACUUCUGUGACUGCACUCCUGGAUUCCUAGGAGAUCACUGUGAACUCAACGUUGAUGAGUGCGACAGUCAGCCGUGUCUCCACGGAGGGCUAUGUGUGGAUGGGGACAACAGAUAUAGCUGCAACUGUGUGGGUGGUGGAUUCACAGGGACACACUGUGAGACCUUGAUGCCUCUUUGCUGGUCAAAGCCUUGUCACAAUAAUGCUACCUGUGAAGACAGUGUUGACAGUUACAUUUGUCACUGUUGGCCUGGAUACACAGGUGCCCAGUGUGAGACGGACAUAAACGAAUGCAGCAGUAAUCCCUGCCAGUCCGGUGGGGAAUGUGUUGAGCUGUCCUUGGAGAAGCAGUAUGGACGCGUGGCCCAGCUGCCGUCUUCAUUGGGCAACCGCCGAGCCGCAGGUUACGUUUGCGCUUGUCAGCCUGGAUUCACAGGAAUUCACUGUGAAGAAGACAUCAAUGAAUGUUCAUCGAACCCCUGUCAAAAUGGUGGCACUUGUGAGAACUUGCCUGGAAAUUAUACUUGCCAUUGCCUGUUUGAUAACCUUUCAAGAACAUUUUAUGAGGGACCAGACUGUUCUGAUGUUCUCUUGGGCUGCACACAUCAGCAAUGUCUAAAUAAUGGAAUUUGCAUCCCUCAUUUCCACAAUGGCCAACAUGGAUUCAGCUGCCUGUGCCCAUCGGGCUACACGGGGUCAUUGUGUGAGGCUGCUACCACACUUUCCUUUGGGGGCAAUAGCUUCCUGGGGGUCCCACAUGGCUCACAUACAGCCCAGAGCUCAGUUUGCAGCAUCGCCUUCAGAUUUCAGACCGUUCAGCCUACAGCACUUCUAUUUUUUCAGGGCAACAGAGACUUGUUUGCAAAGCUGGAGUUGCUGAGGGGUUAUAUUCACUUAUCUAUGCAAGUCCGUAAUCAGUCACGAGUGCUUCUCCACGUUUUCCAUGAUGCAAGCGACGGGCAGUGGCACUCAGUGGAAGUGGUAUUUGCAGAGGCUGUGACCCUUUCCUUAACUGACAACUCUUGUAAAGAGAAAUGCAUCACAAGAGCUCCUUCUCCAUUCGAAAGUAAUAGAUCGAUAUGUGCUUUUCAACACACUUUUUUGGGUGGUUUACCAGUGGAAAUGACCAGAGAUGAUUUUGCGCUGCUUAACAUCUAUCAUACAGCAUCCACACCUUCAUUUGUAGGCUGUCUCCAAGACAUUGAAUUUGAUUCGAAUCAUAUUAAUCUGGAGAACAUUUCAUCUGGCCUGUCAUUAAAUGUCAAGGCAGGCUGCAUGAGGAAAGAUUGGUGUGAAAGUCAACCUUGUCACAAUAGAGGACGCUGCAUCAACUUGUGGCUUGGCUAUCAGUGUGACUGCUACAGGCCCUAUGCAGGCCCCAGCUGUCUGAGAGAGUAUGUGGCAGGCCGAUUUGGCCAGGGUGGCUCCACUGGAUACGCCAUCUUUAGAGUUGAUGAGAAUCACGGACAGAACUUCAGCCUUUCCAUGUUUGUGAGAACACUUCGGCCAUCCGGCUUUCUUCUAGCUUUGGAAAACAAUACUUAUCACUACAUUCGUGUCUGGCUGGAGCGUGGCAGACUAGCACUGCUGACUCCAGGAUCUCCAAAAUUGCUAGUAAAAUUUGUUCUAAGUGACAGAAAUGCCCACUUAAUAUCUUUAAAAAUCAAGCCAAAUAAAAUCGAACUGUAUCAGUCUGCACAAAAGCUGGGAUUUAUUUCUGCUCUUACAUGGAAAAUCCAAAAGGGAGAUGUCCUCUACAUUGGUGGCCUGCCUGAUCGGCAACAGACUGAAAUUAACGGUGGGUUUUUCAAAGGCUGCAUCCAAGAUAUAAGAUUAAACAACCAAAAUCUGGAAUUCUUCCCAAAUUCAACAAGCAAUGUACCCCACCAUCCAAUACUGGUCAAUGUGGUCCAAGGUUGUCCCAGAGACAGUGCUUGCAAGCCCAAUCCCUGCCGCAAUGGAGGCACCUGCUCGGCCCUGUGGGAUGACUUCUCCUGCGCCUGCCCUGCACACACAGCUGGGAGAGCCUGCGAAGAAGUUCAGUGGUGUGAACUCAGGCCGUGCCCUCCCAGCGCCCACUGCCAACGGGUGCCACAAGGGUUUGAAUGUAUUGGAAAUGCUGUUUUAAAAGGACAAACUGGUGAAACAGUUUUCAGAAGCAAUGGAAAUAUUACCAGAGAGCUCACUAAUAUCACAUUUGGUUUCAGAACAAGGGAUGCUAAUGUGCUAAUACUUCAUGCAGAAAACAAGUCUGCAUUUCUUAAUAUCAUCAUUCAAGAUUCCCGAUUACUUUUUCAGUUGCAAAGUGGCAACAGUGUUUAUAUUCUGCACUUGACAAGUUUGUACUCAGUGAAUGAUGGCAUGUGGCACCAAGUGACUCUUUCCAUGACGGAUCCACUAGCCCAGACCUCGAGGUGGCAGAUGGAAGUGGACAACCGAACAUCUUUUGUCACCAGUGAAAUUGCUACUGGAAGCCUCAACUUUUUGAAAGAUAACACAGACAUUUAUGUGGGUGACCGAUCUAUUGACAGCAUGAGGGGAUUUCAAGGGUGUCUGAGUACAAUAGAAAUUGCAGGCAUUUAUCUCUCUUACUUUGAAAAUGUUCAUGGUUUCACAAAUAAACCUCAGGAAGAGCAGUUUCUCAAAAUCUCUACAAAUUCAGUGCACACUGGCUGUCUGCAGUUAAAUGCCUGCAACUCCAACCCCUGCUUGCAUGGAGGAAAUUGUGAAGACCUCUAUAACUCUUAUCACUGUUCAUGUCCCUUGGGAUGGUCAGGAAUAUUCUGUGAAUUCAAUAUUGAUGACUGCUUUUCCAACCCCUGUAUCCAUGGCAACUGCUCUGACAGGGUCGGCGCCUACCAUUGCAGGUGUGAGCCUGGAUACACCGGUGUGAACUGUGAAGUAGAAAUAGACAAUUGCCAGGGUCACCAGUGUGCAAAUGGGGCCACCUGCAUUAGUGAUACUAAUGGCUAUUCUUGCCUCUGUUUGGGAAACUUUACAGGAAAGUUGUGCAGGCACAACAGAUUACCCUCAACAGUCUGUGGGAACGAGAGCGCAAAUCUUACUUGCUACAACGGAGGCAACUGCACAGAGUUUCAUGCUGAAUUAAAAUGUAUGUGCCGGCCGGGCUUUACUGGACAAUGGUGCGAGGACGACGUGGACGAGUGCGCCUCUGACCCGUGCGUCAACGGAGGCCUGUGCCAGGACCUCCCCGGCAGGUUCCAGUGCGUGUGCGACGUGGCCUUCGCGGGCGAGCGCUGCGAGCUGGACUUGGCAGGUGACAUGACCUCGGACAUUCUCACCGCUACUGGCUCAGUGACAUUAGUCCUGCUACUCGUCCUCUUGCUGGCUGUGGUUGCUUCUAUUGUCGCCUCCAAGAGGGCAACUCAGGGAGCCUACAACCCCAGCCAUCAGGAAAAAGAGGGUGCUCGAGUGGAAAUGUGGAGCAUGAUGCCACCCCCCGCGAUGGAGAGGCUGAUCUAG